GUCCUCGCCGCAGGGAAGCUCGAGGUCGGCGAGGCCGACUGCUACGUUCAAACAGCUGAUGCGCGGCGUCGAGUACAUGCAUGAAAUGGGCGUGGCACAUCGCGACCUCAAGCCCGAGAACCUCCUCCUGACGACCCACGGCGCCCUCAAGAUCACCGACUUCGGCAACGGCGAGUGUUUCCGCAUGGCGUGGGAAAAGGAAGCGCAUAUGACCGCCGGCCUCUGCGGCUCGGCCCCCUACAUCGCGCCGGAGGAAUAUGUCGAUAAGGAAUUUGACCCGCGCGCCGUCGACGUGUGGGCGACGGGCGUCAUUUACAUGGCGAUGAGGACGGGGAGACAUCUCUGGCGUGUCGCGCAGCGGGACGAGGAUGAGUUCUACGACCGGUAUCUGGAAGGCAGGAGGGAUGAGGAUGGCUAUGCGCCGAUUGAGACGUUGCAUCGGGCCCGCUGUCGAAACGUGAUAUAUUCCAUCCUCGAUCCAAACCCUACGCGCCGCAUCACGGCCUCCCAGGUCCUGAAGUCUGAAUGGGUCCGAGAGAUCCGAAUUUGCAAGGCGGGAGAGGAGGGGAUUUAGAAAUAAUAAAUUAAAAAGCAAGCAAACCUUGGGAAGCAAGCGAAUGAAACAAGCAUGCCAAAGCAAAGAUACAACAAGCAUAGUCCCACAGCUGUGUUUUUCCCCCCAUGAGAACGGCUUUUAUUUUAUGAAGUUUUUCUUCUUUCUUUUUUCCUUCUCCUUCUUUGCUUCUCUUUACUUUACUUUACUUACAUCCUUUUUGUCUUUUAGGUUUUUAAUAUUACCUUUAUUUACUUUUACUUUUAUUUCAUACCAUCCCUUCUUCCCCCCCUAUUUGCCACUCGUAUAUAUGUGUGUAUGUAUAUGAAUAUACCGAAUCGAAGUAACAAAUGGGAGAGAUUGGGUCGAUGG